UUUUAUUUGCCUGACUGCUGGUUGGUGAAUUAUCUUUACAUUAUGAUUAAUAGGCAUCCUGUUGAUUCAACUGAAAAGCAGUGAUAGGUUGGGAUAACCAGCUAACCCUGCAGUUUUCAUUAAUAAAACUUCCUCAUUCGAACAAAUUAACACACAAUCUGCUUUAGUCUAGAAUAGUACCACAGACUCAGCCAACUACUACCACUACACAAACUGAUCCAUCAAAACAACACACAACAAAGCCUGACAACAUUACCAGGAAUCGGCUAAAAGUGUUCUAAUUAGGUCUGGAAUACAACAGCUGACUUUGAGAGUGAGUCACUGCACGAGAUAAUUUAGACAUCCACUUCCUGUAUACACUACAUUUAUAUUCAGACUACAUAUCUGUGUACACGAGCAGCUUGAAAAGAGCUAACUGUGCAAUCCAGAAGCAUGGCAACACAGGUUAAAAUUGAGCCAUUCAACAGACUGAUCACCCACAUUGGAAAUGAUCUUUUAGAGGAUGACAUUGCAAGUUUGAAGAUGCUACUAAGGGGUCCUAAGUUUGAGCGAGGGAUUCUAGAGGGAGCUGCCAAAGGUCUAGAGCUAAUUGAGCUUCUCGUCUCUAAAGAAACUGUUUCAAAGAGUGAUGUGUCUUAUCUAACAAAGCUGUUAACAGAAAUUGGACGCAUCGAUCUGGCAAGGAAAGUAGAGGAAUAUGAUGAAUUUGGUGAUGAAACAUCAAUUCUUGACGCAGUUCAAGCGGGCAAGAUUAACGGAGUGAAAAAAAUAUUGAGCAGACAGAAAAAUUCUCUAGACAAAGACCAGCGAGACUCUGAUGGAUGCACUGUACUGCACAUCGCUGUAAAACACAAUGAUAUUGAUAUAGCAAGAUCACUGAUUGAUGCUGGGUUUGACAUUAAUGCCACUGAUGAAAGAGAAUGGACAGUUCUAAGGCAUGCUGUUUACCGCAGCAAUCUUGAUAUGAUAAGGUUACUUGUUGAUAGUAAGGUUGAUAUUGCAUCAGAUCCUUAUGGAGAUGUCAUAGAUUUGGCUGUUGGUAAAUCCUCUCUUCAGUUAGAAAUGUGCCAGGAAUUAUUACGAGGUGGAAGUGAUAUAAUGUACACAGAUGAGGAAGGAACGAAUAUAUUGAAUCAUGCUAUUUGCAGUCAAAGCCCUUUAGAAGUCAUAGAGUUAUGCAUUAAGCGAGGGUGUGAUGUCAAUAAUCAUAACAGAUACAACGACACCCCACUGUACAAUACUAGCAGCGAUUUGUCAAUGACAGAAGAAUCAAAACUGAAGGUCUCCAAGAUGCUUGUUGAAGCUGGUUGUGAUGUAAAUGCUAAAUGUCAGCAAGGCAGAACUGUACUUAUACGAACAGUAAUGAACGAUCAUCCAGAACUUUUCAAAUAUUUAAUAUCCCUGGAAAACAUUGAUCCAAACAUCGCUGAUGAGGAUGGAGAUAAUGCACUUCAUGAAGCAGCGAAAUGUAGAUCACCUAAAUAUUUAGAACUGAUCAUUGAAAGUGGCAAAGUAAGCAACUUAGAUGAACUGAAUGAUAGUGGAUAUGCUGCACUCCAUUUAGCUGUCCUAUAUUAUGGGAAAAGUGCAAUCCCAAAGUUAGAUACCCUAUUCACUGCCGGUUGUGAUGUCUCAGUCCAAAACAAAACUGGAAAAACAAUUCUUCAUGUGCUGUGUGUGGUUGGAAAUUUACCAGAGUCAUUAAGAUGUGAGAUUUUGGAGCAUCUACUACAGAAUGAGAAAGUGAAAUCCAUCGUGAACAACAAAGACCAAGAUGAAUUCACUGCCCUUCAUUAUGCAGUGAAAGAAAUGCACCCAGGACUCGUGAAGAUCCUGCUUCAGAAUAAAGCCAGAGUCAACAUUUCCAACAAGUUUGGCCAAACAGUAUUAGACCUCCCAGCAUCUAGGGAUGCUAGUAUCAACCACAUGUUGAAACUAGAAAAACAUCGUAUUGAGGAAAGCGUCACUUACGUCGAUGCUGUAACCUUCCUGCAGAAACUUAACCACACCAUUACCAAGGAUGAUAUCUUUGAGAAGAAGUCUGAAGCUUUGGAUCAUAUAUUGAAGCUUAAAGACCUCAUUGAAGACCACAUAAGUACUGAGGGUGGAGGCUUAGAUAUGCUGAUGCCCCCUGAAGACAGAGAGCUGAUACGAAGCAACUAUGCCACACUGGGGGAUGAGAUUGAACCUGGAUCAUUGCUGAGUCACUUAUUACAAUUGGGAGUGUUGACCCCUGACCUAAAGGAUGAAAUAGAGGCUCAAAUAACAAGGAAGAAGAAAGUUGAGAAGCUACUAGACAUUUUACCAAGACGUGGCAAGAACACAAUAGAACUACUGUGCCAGGCAUUGGGGAACACUGGACAGGCACAUGUAGCUGAAAUACUUCAAAAAUAA